AGUUUAUUUAAAAUAUAAUAGACGCGCGGCCGGCAAGCGCACUCAAAAGACGCGCUCAAGUUUAUUUAAAAUAUAGACGCGCGGCCGGCAAGCGCACUCAAAAGACGCGCUCAAGUUUAUUUAAAAUAUAAUAGACGCGCGGCCGGCAAGCGCACUCAAAAGACGCGCUCAAGUUUAUUUAAAAUAUAAUAGACGCGCGGCCGGCAAGCGCACUCAAAAGACGCGCUCAAGUUUAUUUAAAAUAUAAUAGACGCGCGGCCGGCAAGCGCACUCAAAAGACGCGCUCAAGUUUAUUUAAAAUAUAAUAGACGCGCGGCCGGCAAGCGCACUCAAAAGACGCGCUCAAGUUUAUUUAAAAUAUAAUAGACGCGCGGCCGGCAAGCGCACUCAAAAGACGCGCUCAAGUUUAUUUUAAAUAUAGACGCUCGGCCGGCAAGCGCACUCAAAAGACGCGCUCAAGUUUAUUUUAAAUAUAGACGCUCGGCCGGCAAGCGCACUCAAAAGACGCGCUCAAGUUUAUUUAAAAUAUAAUAGACGCGCGGCCGGCAAGCGCACUCAAAAGACGCGCUCAAGUUUAUUUAAAAUAUAAUAGACGCGCGGCCGGCAAGCGCACUCAAAAGACGCGCUCAAGUUUAUUUAAAAUAUAAUAGACGCGCGGCCGGCAAGCGCACUCAAAAGACGCGCUCAAGUUUAUUUAAAAUAUAAUAGACGCGCGGCCGGCAAGCGCACUCAAAAGACGCGCUCAAGUUUAUUUUAAAUAUAGACGCUCGGCCGGCAAGCGCACUCAAAAGACGCGCUCAAGUUUAUUUUAAAUAUAGACGCUCGGCCGGCAAGCGCACUCAAAAGACGCGCUCAAGUUUAUUUAAAAUAUAAUAGACGCGCGGCCGGCAAGCGUACUCAAAAGACGCGCUCAAGUUUAUUUUAAAUAUAGAUGCGCGGCCGGCAAGCGCACUCAAUAUAGACGCGUCUGAAACAAAACUCGUGUUCAAGGAAGCGCUUUGAGAACCAGAAGACAGCGGCACGUCCUGCGUUUCCCAUGCGUUUAAGAUGUCAAUGAACCCUAAUGCAAAAAUUCUUCCAAUAAGUGGUCGGGACUCGGGACACAAUCAACUUGUGCAUAAAGCGGCGGGAACAUCUCUCACCCGCAAAUACGCGUCAUCCCGGUGGCAUGACAACACCGGCCCUCGUGGCCAAAAAAAACAUACCGGCCCACCGGGAAUCCUCCCGGUUCUCCCUAUGGCCAAUCCGGGCCUGGUGGUGGCUGACGUAGCUUCUCUAUGCGUUUCAAAAGCGAGGGGUGAGCAGUGAACUGAGCCAUUGGUUGCAAUUCGCAACCUCACCACUAGAUGUCGCUACAAUUUACACACUGCACCUUUAAUGACCAUUAAUGUUUAUUUUUUGCUCUCUUCAAUCUGUUAAAAAAAGUAAAAAUAAAUACCAUAAAAUAACGGGCACAAUAAAUUACAGAAAUUUUCCAUGAUACAAAAAUAUUUUUUUUCUGUAAUUUUAUGUUAAGAAACAUGCACACAAAAAAACAACAACACAAUUGUCAAACAAAAUGGACUAACAUAAAUUCUGUAUUUAGUGCGAUAUCUCUUGGCACGAAAACUAUUCUGUUUUUUUAAUAUUGCAUACAAAUGCAUGUUGUAUUUUUAUAAAGAGACUGAGCAAUAAUUAUAUAUGGCCAUUAUGCAUUGGUGGCCUAAGACUUUUGCACAGUAUUGUAUUAAAGUACAAUGGUUUUAUAAUCUGAUACCCCUCAUUGUACCACAUUACAGCCACAGUGCUAUAUUAGGGUGCAGCAGAAGUUUUCUUUAUGUAUUUAUACAAAUAAAAAACUACUGUUAUAUUAAUAACAAAUGCAAAAGAUGUGGAGGCUUGUUUUGCUUUGUCACUUCUGUAAAUGCACACAUUUGCACACGGACAUGAACGCAUCAUUAGCACUUCCUAAACAGUUUUUGUAGUAAAACAAACCUGAAAUACUUCAAAUACAUUGAUAUUGGGUGAUAUUUUUGUUAUAUAAUGCUAUUUUUGUCCACAGUCAUCUGCCAGGCCCAGUCUCAGAAGCCAUUAUCAUUCGACUCAUUUGCAUGCCCAAAUGCCACCAUGCCAAUCAUCAGCAAUACCAACCAAGACUUUAGCAACCUGUCAGUCAGCACAGAUGACAGCAGUCUCGAUCUGUACUUCACAGACAUCCCAGAGACCGAAACCAUCAAAGGUGUGUACUUUCAACGGGCCCAGAGACUACAGAACGUCUCAUCAUCCAGAGACGUGGACCACAGUAAACUGGCCCUCAUCAACGUCGGAGGGGAUCGCUACACGUUUCCCUGGAGCACGCUGGAGCAAUUUCCUCUUUCUCGUCUGGGACAGUUACGUCACUGCAGUAACCUGGAUGACAUAGCCCGGCUUUGCGACGACUACGAUGAGAACAGGCGAGAAUUCUUCUUCGACCGUAGCUCCACGGCCUUCAGGGUGAUCCUAAACUUCCUGGCUGCAGGCAAACUCAGGCUGCUGCGGCAGGUGUGUGCCGUGUCGCUGUCAGAUGAGCUCGCGUACUGGGGCAUCGACCCCGGUCACAUGGAGCGCUGCUGCAGGCGCAGGAUGCUGACACGUGUGGAGGAGGUGGCAGAGAGGAAGAGGAAAGAGAAAGAAAGGAGGGAGAAGAGGUUGACUGUACAGAGAACCGAGGCACGGGAGAAGGGCUUCCCAGGGGUCACGAGAUGUCUACAGGACAUAGUGGAUAACCCUCAAUCUGGAUGGCUUGGGAAGAUCUUUGCGUGUUUCUCUGUGAUCAUGAUUGGUGUGACAGUGAUCAGCCUGUGCAUCAGCACUAUGCCUGAUCACGAAAGCAGGGGUGAAUGCUUGGACAAGUGUCGCAACAUAUUCAUAGUAGAGACGGUGUGCGUGGCCUGGUUCUCUCUGGAGUUUAUGUUACGCCUCCUACAGGCUCAAAGCAAACUGCAGUUCCUACGCAAUCCACUCAACAUCAUAGACGUAAUAGCCAUUCUGCCGUACUACAUCUCCUUAGUAGUUGAUAAAGAUGAGAUGGAGGAGGCCAAGCUUCACGGGAGCGCUGGAGCAGGUCACGGAUAUUUAGACAAGCUGGGUUUAAUCCUGCGUCUCACGCGUGCCCUCCGGAUCCUGUACGUGAUGCGGUUGGCACGACAUUCGCUGGGCCUUCAGACUUUGGGUUUGACCAUGCAGCGAAGCAUGCGAGAGUUUGGACUUCUUCUACUUUUUCUCUGUGUGGCUGUGGCUCUCUUCUCACCUCUCGUCCACUUGGCAGAGAAAGAAUUUGCAAAGAAGAAAGAUCUAGGCACCCACAGCUUUAGCAGCAUCCCUGCGUCCUAUUGGUGGGCGAUCAUAUCUAUGACAACAGUCGGAUAUGGAGAUAUGGUACCGCACAGCAUACCCGGUCAGGUCGUGGCCUUUAGCAGCAUACUAAGUGGCAUCCUCAUUAUGGCUUUUCCCGCUACGUCGAUCUUCCACGUGUUUUCUCGUUCAUAUCUCGAACUUAAGCAUGAACAAGAAGAUAUUCGUAAGGAGGAGCGAGCAGCCAGUCUGGAUGUCAGUGCUAAAGAGGACAUCCAGAGAGGCUUGGACAGACACUCUUUCUCUUGGGUCAAUGCAAACAGUAAUAGUCUACCCAAGAGCCAUAAUAGUCUAUGCAUCAACAACACCUAAGCCAUUAUUUACAUACCAACUUUCCUGCCAAAAGAAAAUUGGCUUUAUAAGUUCCACUCGAACAAACUUAAAGGUAAACUAACACAUAUAAAUUUAAGUUUGCUUGAUUUGAAUCAGAUUUUCUUCAUACCAUAGAAAAAUUCUGCUGUAGGCGAAGCUAAUGAACACCAAAGAGUAUUAUUAGUUUAAAGGGGUCAUAUGAUGCGAUUUCAUGUUUCCCUUUGUCUUUCGAGUGUUGAAAGCUGUUUGUGCAUAUAGAAGAUCCAUAAAGUCACAAAGAUAAAAAUUUCAAACCCAAUGAUAUAUUCUUUAUAAAAGUGAAUGUGGAGAACCUUUGGAAGCUGAUAUUUCAAGUAUGGUAAGGGGCGUAACAUUUCCUUUAUGCGCAUGAGGUAUUCAGCCAAUCAUAGCGCACUGGACAGCUAGCCAAUUAGAGCACACUGCUUUUUCAGAACGAUAAGCUUUUUAAAAAGCAAUGUACACAAUAUAAACAAUAAUGUACUGCAAUGUACGGUUUGUGGAAAAUAAUGGUACGUAAACCAUGUAAAUGCAUUGCAUUACACAAAAUACACCAAAUAAUGUUAUUUUAAGCUAUGUCAUAUGACCCCUUAAAAUGCUUUUUAUUAUUGU